AUGGACUAUAACUUGACAUCAGGUACUUCAUCAAUAUUAAGGAAAUAUUUACUCGUGAAGCUGAGGCUCCGCUUGCGCAAAAUCUCUGCUGAAGUACGAGAGGAAGACAAACUCUGCAACAAAACCUCUUCUGCGCUGGAGUAUCUCCUCCGAUACAAACACUUCUCCUUCAUCCUGGAGGCCCUGAAGAACCUCGAGGCCGCCACCAGGCUGUCGCCAGAGUGCUGCGAGCGGCUGGUGGGAAGCGACGCCACCGGUGUCAUCUUCACGCUGAUACGCAGCUGCAACCGGAGCGGACCCUGCAUGGAGGUCAUCACCUUCUCCGUCCAGAUCCUCCUCAACCUCUCCAAGUACCACCUGACCAUAGAGGCGGUGUAUUCGGUGGAAAACUCCCUGGAAACGCUGCUGGAUUUACUGCAGAAAUACCGGGAGAAAGCCGGGGACAAGGUGGCCGAAAAGGGCGGCAGCAUCUUCACCAAAGCCUGCUUCCUUCUCGCUCUGCUGCUGCAGGACGAGCGCCGCGCUCAGGAGGUGCUGAAGCUGCCUAAAGUUUUGGACCGGAUACGCAGCAUCUACCGGCUCACCGCGCGGAAACACAAAAUGGACGAAGAGCGCAGCAUCACCAGGCAGAGAAUCAACGCCUCGAUCAACGGGAGCUUCUUUGUUCCGCCAACGCCGCGCAAAUCCAAACCGCCACCAAAGUUUGCACCAGAUUGGGUUCUGAGGAAGGACAAACUGAAAGACGUCGUCGAUCCCCUCAGGGCGAUCCAGAUGGUGGCGGAAACGCUCGCCAUCGUUUUAUAAACAGAAAACCUUCAAGAGUCUUUUUGUUUUCACAGAAAACCUCAGAUUUUUAAUAUUUUUUGUUUUGUUUUUCAAUCAAAUGAUUUGUUUGUAA